AUGACGAGUUUUAGAAAGGCUUCUAUUAUAGCUGGGCUAACGUUAUGCAGCAUCUCUGAUGGACUCAUUUUCGGCCAGAUGUCUGGUAUGGUGGACGCUUUGCGAGAUUCUAAAAGCGAAAUUGCUAUUAGCGACAAUGAGAUUUCAUGGAUUGCUUCUUCAAUUAAUGCAACUUGCAUAUGUGGUUUAGCCUUAGCAGGGCUAAUCACGGAAAAAGUCGGACGAAAACGGGCUAUAACUUUCCUAAGCCUCUCGGUGAUGUUAACGUGGAUAAUGACCUAUUUCGCUACGGACCUAGUAGCUUUAAUUGCUUCAAGAGUUAUAGUCGGCGUCUGUUACGGAGGAAUAAUUGUAUUAACUUACAUUUCAAUGGCUGAGUAUACAACACCUAGCAAGAGGGCGAUAUAUAUUAAUAUUAUUUCGGCCGUAGGUCCAUCAAUAGGAACGACGUUGGGACACGUAAUGAGUAUUUUACUGCACUGGAGAACAGUUGCACUGAUAGGAAUAAUUCCUACAGGAUUAUCAGCUCUACUACCGUGUUUUUGGGUUGAAAGUCCGUCGUGGUUGGCAUCGAAAGGCAGAUUCGAUGAAUGCGAGGUAGCGUUCAGAAAAUUGCACGGUCGCGGUGAUGAAGCUGAAUUGGAAUUAGCCUUACUUGUUAAUUUGGAGAAAACAAAACGUGAAAAUUUGCCAACAAAUAAAUCGUAUUUGAUAAUUAAAAAAAUAAAGACAGCAUUAAAACAACGGCAUGGAAUGUUUAUUGACAACAUAAAUUUCUCCAAAAUUGAGCAGUCAGAAACGUUAGUAAGAUUGUAUAAACAUUAA